AUGAACUCCUCGCAGGAUCGCGUGGGUCGUGUAAUCCAUCACAAGGAUUAUUACUUGCGUGGUGGGGACCUGAAUGUGUUGAUCGGGAAUUAUCACUACCGUGUACACAGUCAUUUCUUCUAUCGUGAAUCGCUAGUAUGGCGCCAGAUGAUAGGAGAGUCUCCCGAUGAACAUGGCCCAGCCGAUGCUGCUCCUUUUAACCUCGAGGACGUGAAAAACGAAGACUUUGAGCGCUUCCUCUGGGUGUUCUACAACCCCAUAUAUUCGCCUUACGAUGCACCCACCGAGACAUGGUUGAGCAUCCUCAACCUCGCUCAUCGAUGGAGCUUCUGCAACGUCAAAGACCUCGCUAUUCGCGAGCUCGAGAAAAUCGACAUGGAGCCGAUCGAGAAGAUCGUGGCGUAUCACGAAUAUAAGAUCAACAAAAUACUCCUUCUCCCUGCAUACAUCGAGAUCUGCAAACGUGAGAAGCCCCUGUCUCUCGCAGAGGGCAUGACGCUCGGAAUGGAAACCGUCCUCCGCAUCGCGGACGCACGUGAGCGUGCUCGGCAGCAAGCUGCGGAGAGCGGCAUUCGUUCGCCCACGUUCGAAGAUUUUGAGGAUGCACAGAUGGAAGAUAUGGUGCGGGAGGUGUUUGGCGUUCCGCCGAGACCAAUGUCGCCGAGUCAACACUCUAGAAAAUCAUCUGGGAUGUUCGGCAGUUUCGGCGGUUUCGGCGGGAUGUCCCCUCCAAAUGGCUCCACUGCUCAGAAAGCCAAUGGGGAUAUGACCUCUGGCUUAAAUGGUUCUGGCUUGAAUGGUUCCGACCCGGCGUCCCACAAACCACAAGAUCCCUUGCACGUAUCUACAGGCACUACAGAGCCACUUCCAGCUGAUGGUUCGGCAACCAAGGAUAAUAAGACGCCUCAAGCUCCGCCUAAAGAUGAGAAACCGUUGACGCCAGAACCGAAUGGGGCGUCUACCCAACAAACUUCGUCCGGGGCUGCCGCUGAUGCCAAAGGAGGCGCAAAAGGAGGCGCAGGGGGUAAAGGUGAGUAA